GGCGCUAGAGGAACGCGUCCAGUAGUACAACAUUGACCUUAGCUGGCGGUUCGUUCGUUCCAUUGCGACCGGCGUGUGCGUGUGUUUGUCCAACGUCUGCUGAAUGGCUUCCUACUAGCGACUAUAAUUGCUCUAGUCAAGUGUAGCCAAGAAGACAGCGAGUGGAAAGGAAACAAUUAAAAGACGUCUUACGAACGUCGAAUACGAGAAAUCUCACAUCAGUUGUACGGAGUGAGGGGAUAAAAUGGCAUGUCCCACUUCGCGCCCAGAGCACGCCCUUUCUUGGCUGGACAAUGCUAUCCGUGUGGGACCUUUGCAACUCUCCAACACCUGGAGGAGGCAGCAGGCGGAGGAGGCAGUGCAUAAGAUACAGCUGACUGGAGCCAAAGUUUUGCGCAUCAAGGAUGUAUUCCACAGUGAGAUGGAGCGCGGCAUCCACGAGCAGCCGUCAUCUUUACAGAUGGAGAACACGUAUAUUCCUGAAUUGCCUGAUGGAACAGAGGAAGGUAUGUUCCUUGCAUUGGAUUUGGGUGGGACCAACUUCCGAGUGAUCCUUUUGGAGCUGUCAAAUGGCGCCCUUAUCCGAGAAAAGGUUAAACACUACCACAUAGGAGAGGAGUUGAGGCUCGGCUGUGGAGAGAGACUCUUCGAUUUUUUGGCAGAAUGUGUCAGUGAUUUUGUACGAAGUCAUGAUCUCACUGGCAUUAGGUUGCCAUUAGGUUUUACCUUCUCAUUUCCUAUGAUCCAGAAAGGUCUGGAUGUUGGUAUUCUUGUGACAUGGACCAAGUCGUUCAACUGCCCAUCUGUUGUUGGUCGUGAUGCAGUUCAGAUGUUAAGAGAAGCCAUCAACAGACGUGGUGACACACACGUAGAAGUUCUGGCAGUGCUCAAUGAUACUACUGGCACACUGAUACAGGGCGCUGUGCUUGACAGGAGGACUGUAAUUGGACUGAUACUGGGAACAGGAAGCAAUGCCUGCUACAUGGAACGGGCUGACAGAGUGCAGCACUGGGAAGGGCAACGGCAUGGGGAGAAACAGGUUAUAAUUGACAUUGAAUGGGGAGCAUUUGGAGAUAAUGGUGUUCUGGAUUUUAUCAAAACAGACUAUGAUCGCAAGGUUGAUGAUAACUCCCUCAUUACAAACUCCUUUACAUUCGAAAAAUAUAUCAGCGGUAAGUAUCUGGGCGAAAUUGUUCGUGUGAUUCUUGUGAAGCUUGUUGAAGACUGCGUUCUGUUUGGAGGUACAGCAUCCGACAUGCUUCUUACUUCUGGAGCCUUCACCACUAGCUUUGUAUCACUCGUAGAACAGGACACAGUGGAUGACAGUUGUGACAGCACAUCAGAGAUUUUUGAUAAGCUGGGCCUUUCAUAUGAUCCUGAUGAUAUUACUAUUGUCAAGUAUGUUUGUGAAACGGUGUCAAACCGAGCUGCAUUGUUAGUGUCAAUAUGUACAGCAACAUUGCUGGAGAGGUUAGAUUGCCCAGACACCACUAUUGCUGUAGAUGGCUCUCUAUACAAGUAUCAUCCUCGCCUCAAAAGUUGGAUGAACAAGUAUAUUCGUCUGCUCGCUCCAGGGAAAAAGUUCCGGCUCUUAUUAGCGGAGGAUGGGAGCGGUAAAGGGGCAGGACUUGUUGCAGCUAUUGCUCUCAGAUUAAAGCAGCGUUUCUCAGAUACAUGACCUUCCAUCCACCGAUUAGCUGUACAAGUGAUGUGACUUUUGCUGUACUCAGUAACAACAGCAUUCAAAAUUAUGGCCGUAUUAUCUAAGCAGAUGUUAUCAUAACCUCCGUAAAGUCAACGUGUUUUUAAGGAACUGAUAAAGUAAAAUUUAAAUGUGUCUGACUGCAGUUCAGGGAUAAAUCUGUAUCCAUCAUCUCUCUUUCAGAAACAUUUUUUAAACAAAAUCUGUAAGGGACUGGGUGUUGCAUUUUAUCCUCCAGGUAGGAAAAUGGAAAACCUUAUUUUGUUCAGACAUAAAAGCUAUAUCCAUCAUAUAAUUUAUUUCAUGUGCAUUUUUUAAACAAGUGAAAGGAGCUAGGUGUGUAUUUUAGUUUAUUCUUUUGGAUAGAUAAAAUUAAAUCCUUUUUCUGCAUC